AUGAGCCCCUUCGUUUGCACUCUACUCUUCCCCGAUACACCCCUUCUCCCGCGGAAGCCCGCGCCUUUCAAACGCGCUACAACCAUCCGAUGCCGCGCCGCGCCGCCCCAGGGAGACGCCGCUCUCCGCGCCUUCCGCGUGCACCACGUCGCCGGGCACUCCCUCGGCGCCAACCCCGCCCUGCUGCCCGCCCUCGCGGCCUGCGCGCGGCUGCUGACGGCCGCGGCCGAAGCCGAGCAGAUCCACGCACUCCUCGUCAAGUCCGGGCUCCCUAGUUCCGUCUCCGGCGUCUACGCCUCCACCUCCCUCGCCCGUGCCUACGCUCGGCUCGGCCGCCUGGGUGACGCGCGGAAGGUGUUUGAUGGAAUGCCUGAGAGGACGUUGGUUUCUUGGAACGUGCUUCUUGAUGGUCUUGUCAGAGCCGGCGAUUUGGAUGCCGCCUGGGAGGUGUUUGUGGAAAUGCCGGAGUGGAAUGUGUCUUCUUGGAAUACUGUUAUGGCUGGCUUCGUGAGGCAUGGGUGGGCUCAAGAGGCAGUGGAGUUGUUUGUUGAGAUGACGGAGGUUUAUGGUUUGAUGCCAGAUGAGGCCACGAUGGUUGGCCUUGUAUCAGCUGUUCGCAGCCUCGGUCUGCUUGGAUUUGGGAGGAGCGCACACGGUUAUAUAAUCCGGCGGGAGUUCUCACUGGAUGGUGCUCUUGGUGUUGCUCUGAUCAACAUGUACACAAGGUGUGGGUGCAUGGGUGCGGCAUACCAAUGCUUCUCAAGCGUCAUCAGCAAGAAUGUGGAGCACUGGACCUCUGUCGUUGGGGGUUUCGCAGCACAUGGUCACCCAGAGAUGGCACUGAAAUUGUUUGCCGAGAUGAGGCAAUUGGGCGUCAAGCCGAAUGGUGUCACCUUCGUGGCCGUCUUGAAUGCCUGCAGCCAUGGGGGUCUUGUUGAUGAAGGUUUUAGGUACUUCAACCUAAUGCGCAGCAUGGGUAUCAGCCCAUCGAUCCAGCACUAUGGCUGCUUGGUGGAUCUUCUUGGUCGUGCUGGGUUCUUGGAAGAAGCCUUCAACCUCGCUAGCAGUCUACCAGUAGAGCAGGGCUUUGUGAUGUGGAGCUCAAUACUAGCUGCUUGCCAAACCCAUGGCAAUGUCGACAUGGCAGAGGUUGCUGCCCAGAAGUUGGCAGACACAGAGCCAAACCAUGGCAGCUCAUACGUUUUGUUAUCAAACGCCUAUGCACGUGCUGGUCAAUGGGACGACUUGAAGAGGACAAGAAGCAGGAUGGAGGAGCAUAGGGUGGUGAAGAAGCCUGGGCUCAGCUGGAUCGAGGUUGAUGGCAGUGUACAUUCCUUUGUCACUGCAGACAAGUUACACACAGAAAGCGAAGAUAUUUAUCAUAUGUUGGAAGACUUGAAACUUAAUUUGAUAUCAGCUGGUUCCGAACCUGAAACAUUUGAUCUUCCUGAAGUUUGA